CUGGAGACGGGCGGGGAGGCCAAACUUCCUGCUGAAGCUCUGUGGCCUCUUUUGGGGUGGGGGCUGGGGUCCAGGCAGAAAGAAACCGUCUGCUGCUGAAGACCCACAGGGCGCCGGGAAGACUAAAUGAUCACUGCCCCCAGUGAAUAUGGUGAAGAAGCUGGUGAUGGCCCAGAAGCGGGGAGAGACACGAGCCCUUUGCCUGGGUGUAACCAUGGUGGUGUGUGCCGUCAUCACCUACUACAUCCUGGUCACGACUGUGCUGCCCCUCUACCAGAAAAGCGUGUGGACCCAGGAAUCCAAGUGCCACCUGAUUGAGACCAACAUCAGGGACCAGGAGGAGCUGAAGGGCAAGAAGGUGCCCCAGUACCCAUGCCUGUGGGUCAACGUGUCAGCUGCCGGCAGGUGGGCUGUGCUGUACCACACGGAGGACACUCGGGACCAGAACCAGCAGUGCUCCUACAUCCCAGGCAGCCUGGACAACUACCAGACGGCCCGGGCUGACGUGGAGAAGGUCAGAGCCAAAUUCCAAGAGCAGCAGGUCUUCUACUGCUUCUCCGCACCUCGGGGGAACGAAACCAGCGUCCUAUUCCAGCGCCUCUACGGGCCCCAGGCCCUCCUCUUCUCCCUCUUCUGGCCCACCUUCCUGCUGACCGGUGGCCUCCUCAUUAUCGCCAUGGUGAAGAGCAACCAGUACCUGUCCAUCCUGGCGGCCCAGAAGUAGAGCCAUCCAUGCCAUACCACUUGUCAGGGCACAGGGGACUGGCUGGGCCCCCAGGGCUGCUCCCCACUUGCAGACCCAUGCCUUCUCCACCUGCCCUCCCACUCUUCCACUCCAAUCCACGCUGUCUUCUGUUGCAGGACUAACCUUUGAGAAAUCCUUUUGUGAAGUCAUUGCCUGCUCAAGAAUGUACAGUGGCUCCCCAAUGCCUUGGAGGCCAUAAGGCCAGCCAGUUCUAGCUCUCUAUUACCUGUCCCCACUCAACUGACUCAUACCUGUUUCCGGCUGCAUCACUAUGUGCCCCACAGAGAACGAUGAUCGUCACCUCUGUGCCUGAGUUCUCCCUGUUGUCUCAAAGCGGUACCCAUCCUCCUCCAGAAGCUGUCCCCAGCGAGCCUCAUUUCUUUGUUUGAAUUCUCUAAUAAGAACAACAGCAGCUCCCAUUUCUAGAACACAUUUACAGUAUUACUAUUUUCUAGGAUAUAAAGUGCCAUAUAUAUUUUUAAUUCCGAUAUUAAUAAAUGUAUGCCAAACAACAA